UUGGGUGCCCAUGGCCGUGAGCCCGGGGCUGUUGGUGGUGGCCGGGUCCUUCGCCGCUUUCCGCCUGCUGAACCGGGGGCUGGAGCGCUUGGUGCCGCCGCCGCCGUCGGCCCGGCGCAACCGCUGGAAGUGGCGCAACAUCUGGACAUCGCUGGCUCACAGCGUGCUCAGCGGCGGCGGGGCGCUGGCAGGGUUCUGCCUCCACCCCGGGCUGUCUGAGGACAUGGUGGGCACGCACCCCCCCGGGGCACACAGCCUGGUCGCUGUGUCUGUAGGUUACUUCCUCGAAGACUUUGUGGACAUGUUGUGCCAUCAGAAGCUUCACCAGUCCUGGGAGCUGCUCUUCCAUCACUCCGUGGUCAUUGUCUGCUUCGGUACCGCAGUGCUGCUCCAUCAGUACAUCGGGUUUGCCCUGGUGGCUUUGCUGGUGGAGAUCAACUCCAUCUUCCUCCACCUGCGGCAGAUCCUGCUCAUGGCCAACCUGGUGCACACCCCCUGCUACCGCCUCAACAGCAUCCUCAACCUGGGUACCUACGUGGUGUUCCGCAUCGCCACGCUGGCCUGGAUGAGCCGGUGGCUCUUCCUCAACCGGGGGAACGUGCCCUUGGCAACGUACUCCAUAGGCACAGUGGGAAUGGCAAUCAUGACACCCAUGAACGUCAUCCUCUUGUACCGCCUGCUGCGCAGUGACUUCUGCAAGUGCAGCCGGGAUGCGCAGUGGGAGAAGGAGCAAUAGCCCCUUUCCCAAAAGGAUGGAGGAGGACAGUGAGGUGCAAUGGAGACUGAGC